AUGCAUCGGUUCGUAUCACCCAUGACCCGCCUGACACUCGAGUACAUCGUCUACCACCCCGUUGGAGAGGACACCGACAAUUUACACCGCAACCUCAUUGUGGUUCAGUGCCCCGGCUGGGGUGUGGGCUCCCCCUAUCUCCAACACGGCCUCUCCGACCUCUGGGCUCCAGCUCCGACAGACUCAAACAACACCUCGCCCGCCGUGUACACGGUCGUCUUCCUCCAUCCCCGCGGCACGGGAGCCUCCGGUCCAGUCACAUGGAGUCACGGCUUGAGCACAAUGCCAGACAUGUGCUCAGAUCUCGAAGAUCUCCGCGUACACCUGCGAGUGGAAAAGAUUCCCGUCCUACUCGGCCACUCCAACGGCGGCGCCAUCGCUCUCGGCUACGCCGAGCUGUACCCAGACCGAGUCCAGAAACUGAUUCUCGUGCAGAACCAGAUCAUCGGCAUGGGAGACCAUCAAAACGACAAAAUCGAGGCAAGGAGACAGGACCCGCGGUACGGCAGAGCGCUGAAUAACCUCGCGGGUCGAUAUGCCGAUACGGACGAAGGACUCACCGAGUCGGUCAAUGCGCUUUGGCCUCUGUACUUCUACGAUCCGGCAAGGUACAUUGACGAAUUUUUGUACGCCGUCGGGGAUCAGAAGUUUUCCGUGUUCACAUAUCGAUACCAAGCACACUGUGAUGAAAAUCUCCCCAACCCGACGCAGAUGAUUGAUGGCCUGAAAUAUAUCCGGGCCCCGACGCUAGUCAUCUUCGGAGAGGACGACAUGAUCAUCGGGCUGAAGGUCGCUUGA